AUGUUUGGUCUUAUCCUUCAGCUGCUGGCGCUCAGCGCACUGCUCGCGACAAGCACAAGUGCAUCGCCUGCAUCGCUCUCCUCGCUCCCACUGCAACCACGACAAAUGACGGCCAACAUGGAGGGAAGCGAUCUCUUGAAGCAAUGUGUCGAUCGCUAUAACAGGUCCAGGAUGAAUCCUCUCCCGACACCUGGAUACUUGAACCCGAACAAUGCCACCAAUGGAAGCAUGCUCACUAUCUGGCUUGACGGUAUGCCAGGAGAGCCGAUCAACGCCAUCAUCUCUGCCAACUCCUCUGCACAGGUGCUCUGCCCCGAAGGCUUUCUUCGCUAUGCCACUUCCAUCAACUUUGGCGUCUCGUGUCUAGGCAACACCAACGGCACUGACCAGUACGCCAACCUGGGCGAUGGCUUCGGCAUUCGCUCUCAAGGCAACUACGGCGGCGGCAACGGUGUCCUUCGAUGGAACUACGGCGAUCCCAGCUUCGGCACUUGUAAAGAGUCUAUCGAGGGUGACAACCACUUCCGAUGGUUCCUUCAGAACGGUACCGAUGCCUUUACAGGAGCCAUCUUCAUCGCAGCAUCCAUGGAAGAGUCUGCUGCAUUGGGACACAAGGUUCAACUCAACGGCUACAAUCGAGGACGAGAUUACUUGGUGGGCAACGCGACCAUGAAUGCAACCACAAGCUGGAGAGGCUACGUGUACAAGACGACGGUAGAGUACAUUCCAGCAGGCCUCUUGCUCAACGCCACAUCGGAAGGUGUCAACCACCCUGACGUUGCGCUGCCCGGCCAGCCAGUUCAGGAUGGUCGCGUGGCACUCAUGACGGUGACCGUGCUGCAGGAAGCACAGACAGCAGGAUCCCCUUCGUCCGCCAAUGCUGCUGCAAGACCGUGGAGUCUCGCUCUUGGAAGAGCACUUGCUGUCUCGGUGCCAUUGGCAGUGUCACUUGUAGCAUGA